AUGACGACAUCAUCUAAAGACGAUGCACAAUGUCCUGCUCGUAGAUCUGCGACAAAUAAUCCUAAUUACUACAGUAGUUCUCCGCAAUAUUAUCGCAAACCCACUGCAUCUCAUUAUGAAGAUGGAAAGAGAACGCGUCGAAAUGCUGCUCCGAACUCAGGAUCGACCAUCAAUCAUAAUCAGCCUUCAUCGACGUUUGUGAGACGUAAAUUCCUUGAAAAUAUGUUCCCGCCACCACCAAAAUGUAAAGAUGAGUGUGUUAUUUGCGCUUAUUCUCAAUAUCCACCAUCAUGUCCUAAAUGCUAUCCAGCUUAUUAUCCUCCGCCUUGUUCUUGCUAUCAAGAGGAAUAUAAUGAUGUUCCCGCUUACCCACCUUAUCCACCGCCAUGUCCUUGCCCUGAAUGUUAUCCAUAUGACAACUAA